GGACUGCUCUCGUGCGGAAUGGCGAGCUCUUUAUUAAAGAGAAGAAAAAAAAAAAAAGAAAAAACUUUGCCCUCCCUGCUUGGGCCCCUGUCUCCCUCGUGCUCGCCCACGCCUUUGAUCUCUUAACAACAGGAACGUCACAGUCCCGGGGCCUUAUUGAGGGGCGCGAGCUCGAGCGGGGCCGACAGUACCAGCCAGCAUCCGCGGGACUCGCAGCAGCCCACAGCCCGACGCAGGAUGGAGGACCAGCCGCAGUGCAAGAGAGCCUACCAGGACCCGCACCUGCUGAGCGACAGGGCGCUGCAGACGCUGCUGAGCACGGAGGACAACUACCUGCCUUCCACCAACUACUUCAAAUGCGUGCAAAACGAGGUCGCGCCGUAUAUGAGAAGAGUCGUGGCCACCUGGCUCCUCGAGGUUUGCGAGGAGCAGAAAUGCGAAGAAGACGUCUUUCCCUUGGCAAUCAAUUACUUGGACAGAUUUUUAUCAAUUGAACGGAUGAAGAAGACUCGAUUACAGCUAUUGGGAGCUGCGUGUAUGUUUUUGGCGUCCAAAAUGAAGGAGACAGUUCCGCUAAGCGCUGAGAAGUUGUGCAUAUACACGGAUAAUUCCGUCCGACCGGACGAACUGCUGAGCAUGGAGCUGCUCGUUCUGAACAAGCUGAAAUGGGACCUGGCGUCUGUCACGCCGCACGACUUCAUCGAAUACUUCCUAUUCAAACUACCCGUUCACGAGGAUGCCAAGCACACCCUGCGCAAGCACGCGCAAACCUUCGUCGCUCUCUGUGCAACAGAUGUGAAGUUCAUCGCUCACCCUCCCUCCAUGAUCGCUAGCAGUUGUGUGGCUGCGGCCAUGCAGGGUCUGCACAUGAAGGCUCUGGACGGCAGGGUCUCCCCGCACACCAUUACGGACUACCUGGCCAAAGUCAUCCACAGUGACCCGGACUGUUUAAGAGCCUGCCAGGACCAGAUUGAGGCCCUGUUGGAGGCCAGCCUGCGACAGGCUCACCAGACUGUAUCCACGGAGACCAAGGGUCUGGAGAAGGAGGUGGACCUGUCCUCUACCCCGACUGACGUGAGAGACGUGAACAUCUGAGUGACUUCUCUUCCUUCUCCAGCACAUGAUUAGAAGAGGUGGGCGGAGCUACACGAGGACUGCACACCUGUUCCGGCCGCAUGGUGGGCGGGGCUGAGUAAGAGACCAGUGCUGUCCUGGCUUGUUCCCUCUCCUGCCUCUCUCUGACUCAAGACCUCCGGGGGGUGUCACCAUCAAAACCAGUUACCCCCAUCCCCCUUCAAAAGACUCACCGCUAGUCAUACAGAGAGCAACAGAACUGGUUUCAUGUAUUCACUGUGCUCUGUGUUUGCUCUUUUAGGUCUCUUUAAGGUAGAGAAGUGUGUGGCUUGGAUUCACAGACAGCCAGAUUUCUGCCCCCUACACGUAUAAACUCCCAUAUAACGUCUCAUUUCCCAGGUUUGCUGUAAUAUGUGCUUAUUGGCCUUUAGACACUUUAAAAUAGUUUUAUUUUGUCUACAUUUUAAAAAAUAUCCAUUAGGGUAGAAGCGGAUAUCUGUCUGCUGACUAAUGCUGCGUCUCUCUGGAGUACUGAACCUUUUAGCGCCCGUCAGGAACAUUUCUUAGCCGAGUCUGACGCGCGCUUGCUGUGGAGGGCGCUGAGAGUCCUCUCAGCUGUCCUCCCCACGGACGUGUAAAGCGUGUGCGGAUUCGUUUCCUCCGUUCUUGGUUCUGUAAUCAUUCCAUCGUAAAGCACUUUCAGAGGAAAACUCAGUAGAAAAUGUUCACGGAAGAAACUGGACUGGUUUGAGAGUGUUGCCAGACGAGCGCUCGCAGCGCGGAUCCUUUCACUUGUUCAGUGUUUCAAGGUUUGUAGCUUUUUAGUUCCCUUUAUUUUCAAUGACAUGGUCAUCAUGCGCUGAAGAUUUUAUGAUGUACUUUUCUUUCAUUUUGUGACUUUUUUCUGUUGUUCGAAUCAUCUUAAACAUUUGCCACAGUAGAAUAUAAGAGAUCUAUUAGGGCUCAAAGGCUAUUUAUUGCAAAAUAUGAUCUUCUCAAGGCCAGUGUGAGGAAUGAUAAAAAGCUUAGUUUGAACUAUUAUUUAAACCUUUUACUAACAAUCUCGUCAUCUGUAGUGUUGGAUUAAAGAAUCAAUUACUCAGCUGGUUUGGACAGUAGGAGCUAAUAUUUUAUAAUGGAAUAGUUAGACUUUGUAUAAUUAAAAAUGUAUUUUUUUAAAUGGGUGUGCUUUGGAAAAUCAGGAUUAAAUUGUUAUUGUCCUCAGUUGUAAAAUGUAAACGAUUUUGCACAAUCUUGAAUUUGACCUGAUUUGCUGACGCAUUCGGUCCAUGUUUUGCUAUAGAAGAAAAUCAAAGAGGGCGCUUGAUUGGUUAAAACAACAACAAUAACAAAAAACAAACCCUGCCCCAGCCAAUGAUCACAGCAUCAGCAGAAGACAUGCAGAUAGUCUGCCGUGACCUCCCAGGUUUGACCGGUGGGUCAGAGGUGGAGAGUCGUGUGCCGCAGCAGGUGGAGGCUGAGGGAUCUGAUCAGUCAGUUUGAACUCUCUUUAACAUGAAGCUGCUAUGGAGGUUUUCCCAGCCAAGACUUUUAUGUGGAAAAAAAAAAGCUUUUUUGUUCCUUUUUUUCAAAGUGUUUGCUGCUAUUUUAUGAAUGUCAUGACUACAGUGUCAGCAUACUGCCAUGUAGUAGGAGGCAUUUUCUCAUAGAAAGUUAUGGUGUUGUUGACAGUUAUUUUCCCAUGUAUUUUAUGUGAUUUUUUUUUUACAUCAUGUGAAAUCCAAGCUAUUCCAAAAAAAGGAAAGAGGCAAAAAUAGGAUUGUGUGUUUGUGCUAUACCUCAUGCAUUUAGAAGAUAGUCUAUGUUCAUUCAGACUGAGGAGAAGUGUUGUUGUGAGACUCUGGCAGUCAGGUGUGUUCUGUCCUGCUCGGACUGCACCCUGUGGUCGGUUUCUAAGGGGCACUGCUGAAUUAUCACACUUGUACCUCUGCCCCACUGUCACGUGGAAGUUUACACACGUCUGUGCACCUGUGCUGGAUGUUUGGAGGAAUUCUCUUCAGGUGAUUUCUGGCCUGAUUGUGGAUGUCUCUGGUGUUCCCCUGUGCUGCCUUCCUAAUCAGCAGAGGCUCAUCCGUCGUGUGAUUCCUGCACAAUAAAGGAAAAUCCUCCGUGUCCAA